AUGCAGCAGGCUCUCCUCGCGCUCGCGCCCCAGGGCCGCCGCGCCCUCGCCUCCUCCACCGCGCUGCGCACCAUCGGAGCGCGCAUGUUCUCCGCGUCCGCCGCGACCGCGGAUCAGCAGGACGUCGUCGUCAUCGGCGGCGGUCCGGGCGGAUACGUCGCCGCCAUCAAGGGCGCCCAGCUCGGCCUCAAGGUGACCUGCGUCGAGGGGCGCGGCACCCUCGGAGGUACCUGCCUCAACGUGGGAUGCAUCCCGUCCAAGGCGCUGCUGCACGCGUCGCACCUGUACCACGACGCGAAUCACACCAUGGCCAAGCACGGCAUCUCCGUCGGCGAGGUGUCCAUCGACGUCGCGAAGAUGAUGGAGCAAAAGUCCAAGUCCGUCUCGGGCCUGACCAAGGGCAUCGAGGGUUUAUUCAAGAAGAACAAGGUGACCUACGCCAAGGGUUGGGGAUCGCUCACGUCCACCCCCGGCGAGGUGGUCGUCGCCAAGGAGGACGGCACCACGCAGACGAUCAGCGCCAAGAACAUCAUCCUCGCCACGGGCUCCGAACCCGCGGCGCUCCCGGGCGUGGAGGUUGACGAGGAGACGAUCGUCACCUCCACCGGGGCGCUCGACCUGAAGGAGGUGCCCAAGAGAAUGGUCGUCAUCGGCGGCGGCGUCAUCGGGCUGGAGCUCGGAAGCGUGUGGAGCCGCCUCGGGUCGCAGGUGACCGUGAUCGAGUUCGCCAAAGACAUCUGCCCGCCGAUGGACGCCCAGAUGCGCAAGACGUUCGAGCGCUCGCUCAAGAAGCAGGGGUUCAAGUUCAUGAUGGAGAAGAAGGUCACGGGCGCGACAAAGACGCAAACCGGGGUGACGCUCACCGUCGAACCCUCCGCGGGGGGCGAAGCCGUCGAGGUCGAGGCUGACGUCGUCCUCGUCGCCACGGGCCGUAAGCCGUUCACCUCCGGCCUCGGGCUCGAAGCCGCCGGCGUCGAGGUCAACAAGCGCGGCCAGGUGGUCGUGGACAUGCACACGUACGCGACGUCCAAGCCGGGCGUCUUCGCCAUCGGAGACAUCGUGGAGGGACCCAUGCUCGCGCACAAAGCCGAGGAGGAGGGGAUCAGCUGCGUGGAGCAGCUCGCCGGCAAGGUGGGCCACGUCAACUACGACGUCAUCCCGAGCAUCAUCUACACCCACCCCGAGGUGGCGUGGUGCGGUAAGACGGAGGAGGAGGUCAAGGCGACGGGAGCCGAAUACAACGUCGGCACCUUCCCCUUCGCCGCCAACUCCCGCGCGAGGACCAACGACGACUCCGAGGGGAUGGUCAAGUUCAUCAGCUGCAAGCACACGGACAAGAUCCUAGGCGCGCACAUCGUGGGACCCAACGCGGGGGAGCUCCUCGGCGAGUGCGUCCUCGCCAUGGAGUACGGGGGAAGCACGGAGGACAUCGCCCGGACGUGCCACGGGCACCCGACGCUGAGCGAGGCGAUCAAGGAAGCCGCGCUCGCGACGGGGGGGAAGCCCAUCCACUUCUGAUUGUCUUGUCCGUCGUUUCGUAUCCGUCGCGUCGGUUCCGCCGGCGCGACGCUUCAAGUCUUAGCGUUUCUUCUGUUUCAUUCGUAAGGGUUUAUUCGUUUAUUCGUU